UUUAGAUAUUUUCCCACGCAUCCGUCUCCUCCUCGCGGAAUAAUAACCUUUUUUUUUCUUUUUCCAAGCGCCCUUCAAACCCAUCUCCUCUCCCCUCUCCCUCCCAAUUCGAUGCAGCCGCGGUAGCAAUUCGCAUCGCCCCGCCCUCCUCGCCGCGCGGAUUCGCUCGCCGCCCCCGCCACCGCACCCCCAUGGACGCCUCCGCCGGAUCCGGCAAUGCCUCCGGUGGCGCCGGCGCCGGCGCGUCCGCGUGCUGCUACUACUCCCUGCUCGGCAUCCGGAAGAACGCGUCCGCCACCGACGUGCGCGCCGCCUACCGGAGGCUCGCCAUGAAGUGGCACCCGGACCGGUGCGUGAGCGACCCCGGCGAGGCCAAUCGGCGGUUCCAGCGGAUCCAAGAGGCGUACUCCGUUCUGUCCGACAAGGGGAAGCGAGCCAUGUACGACGCCGGGCUGUUCGAUCCCCUCGACGACGACGACCAGGAUUUCUCCGAUUUCAUGCAGGAGAUGCUGGUGAUGAUGGAUAACGUGAAAAACGAGAAGCCGGACACACUCGAGGACCUGCAGAAGAUGCUGCAAGACAUCGUCAGCGGCGACGGCGGAAGCCGCGGCGGCGGCGUCGGUGGCCGCGUGCCGUCGGACGGCACACGGAGGACGCGCGUCGCGCCCUACCCGGCGCAGUCGCGCAGGUGACCGGCGCGCCGGUGUACGAGACGUGCACACGCCUCUAAGUGAUGAAAAGAGAGACAAGCAGAAGAAGAGAGGAAGCAAACGGGAAAGAAAAACCAAUAAAAUUUGGCAGAAUUUGUUUCCCUUUUUUUUAGGUCAUCAGAUGAUUGACUCCGUUUAGUUCGCUGGGUUGGGUUGGGUCGGGUGUGCCGUUCGAUUCCGGCCGCGUCACCCAAGAAUUGGUGCGUGCGUGGCCAAAGAUUCCAAUAUCUUGUCGACAUUUCGUCCUGAAUUUCACUCUCUUGUUGAUGUGUUCAUCAUGCGUCCUCUUCUGCCUUCCUGUGUCAUUGUCCCUGUCCUACUCCCACAGUGUAUUCCCAAUUUGUUACACUACUGGUGCUACUAUUGAUGUGUCUCUAGUGAUCUCUGCCUCUCGGGCUGGCAUCUUUUGGCAUCUUGCAGCAAUUAGAAAUGGUUUCUUUUCCUC